AACAAACAAGACAUUGAGUGAAAUAUAUAACUCUACAAUGACAUCAAUUAACAUUUUAAAAAGUUUUAUUACAUCUAUUAUUAUUUUAUUUUUAAAUUCGUCAAACCAUAAUUACGGAGCAACUGCAUUCAAUAGUUAUCGUAGUAAAUUACAAGCCGAUGAACAAAUCAGUAAAUCAGUACCUCCGAAAGUCCACCAUACUGCUAAAAAUUACGAUUCGAGUUAUAAUCGCGAGGAAAUAUUUAAAAGGGUCAAUCAGUGGAGUGCAAAUGACAAAGAAAAUGUAUGGGAAUUAAGUGGCUUAUUUGAAGGUGAUAUAAUGCCUAAUAGUGAUUCGAAAAUAAGAAACGGCCUUGUGGAUGAAACUAUGCGAUGGCCUAACGGUAGCAUUCCUAUUUAUAUUAAAAGAGACGAUUUUGAUGAAGAGGACAUUGACCAAAUAGUAGACGCGAUAGAUGAAUUUCACGAAAAAACAUGUCUUGUUUUUCGUCCGUAUGAUAAUAAAACAGACAAGAAUUAUGUAACCUUCCAAGGAAAUGAACCCGGUUGCUGGUCUUCGGUAGGCAAACAAAACAAAGGCCAAGUUAUAAAUCUACAAAAUCCCGGUUGCCUGAAACACGGAACUAUUGUCCAUGAAAUAUUACACGCAGUGGGUUUUUACCAUCAGCAAAGUACUUACAAUCGCGACGAGUAUAUUCAAGUGAAAUGGGAAAAUAUUCAGCCUGGCAAGGAACACAACUUCAAUAAAUAUGACAACAAUACGGUAACUGAUUUCAAUACCGAGUACGAUUACAACAGCGUAAUGCACUACAGUAGCAAGGCCUUCUCGCGAAAUGGCAAUGAAACAAUUAUACCGCUGAAACCGGGAAUUGAAAUUGGACAGCGCAAAGGCAUGAGCAAAAAAGACCUUUUCAAAGUUCGCAAGAUGUACAAUGACGAAUGCAAAGGACGAAAACCCGCAGGAGUAAUUGCUACCGUACCGCUGCGGAUUAAUAAUUUAUUAUUUUAAUUAAAUAUAACAUUCAUUAAUUGUAUAUAUAUAUAUAUAUAUAUAUUAUCAUUUAUUUAAAAUGUAAUUUUAAUGUUGAAAAAAAAAAUACGCGCGUGUACUCGAGAUAUUGUGUUAUUAUUCAAUAACAUAUUUGUCUCAGGUUAUCACUUUUGUGUUGACUCACAUGUUUAUACGUUAUCCA